CCUUCUGCUACUUUUCAAUUCGGCUUCAGUAGAACUACAUGGAACCCUAAUUGCUCUCAAUUUCCACCAUUUGAUUUGAUAAUUUUCUGCUCUCUAAAUUUCAAAAUCAAGUUUACUUUUUUAUUAGCUUAAUCUCGAAUCAUGUUGAAUUUCAAUCUGGGUAAAUCUAUAUAAUUCAUGGAUGUUCAUAUUUAGCUAUAUAUAAUUCAUGGAUGUUCAUAUUUAGCUAUAUAUAAUUCAUGGAUGUUCAUAUUUAGCUAUAAAGAUUUGUUUUUUUGGAUAGAGGAAAAGUGUUUUUAGGAGAUUCUAACUCCUGAUAAUGCAGGUGGGAAUUUUCGCCUUUUCGGAUAAGUGUUAGUGCAGCUUUUAGAUUAAUAUAUAUAUGCCAUGAACCGCACCCCGGCUCAGUUUUCCCACACACCAUUCACUUUCCCUCCCUCAAUUCGUAACUCUAAUCCUAACCCCAAUGUGUUCCACUCCCAGCCGCAGAAUGCACAACCCGAAAUCAACACUCCCCAUUUGCCUCCUGACCUUUCUACUACAAUCUCAUCUUUAAGUAGCCUCAUUCGUGAAUCUUCCCGGACCCUUGACUCACUUUCCACUCUCCUCCCUGUCCCGAGCCAAAAGGAUUUUAGGGACAAUGAUUGCCUCGUUCCUUGCCCUGUUAACCCCCACCACCGUGUGCACCCCCACUCCCUUUUCUCCCACUCCCUGCGCUGCCCCCGCUCUCUCCACCACCUUCUCCCACCGCUCCAUUACCCCAAAACCCUCAAAUCCCCUGACCAGUCACAAACUGGUAAAAGUUUUAUUCAAACGCAAUACGGCUCCGACGCUGCUGAUAUGUGCUUGUCCUUGGAGCAGUACUACACAGAAUUUGGCUGCAAUUUUUUCUACCGUGAUUGCCCUGGUGUUGUUAACUCUUCCGCACUGGAUGGUUUCAACAAAACAUUCACACUUCCCUCAGUUUUGUCAGCUGAGUGUGCAAAUUUUUCCGGUAGCGAAGAGAGUGAGAUGAUGGAUUGUGACAAGGGAUGUAGUAGAUUUCUCCCAUCAGAGUCUUGGGCUAUAAGAGAAGUUCAGGGAUGGAAUGAUUAUCCUUCUAUGUACUCAAACUGUGUGCUACGUGCCAUUUUGGGGUUAGGUGUGGUUAGAGAGUGUGAUUUGGCAAUAUGGGUAAUAGCAAAUUCGCCCAAGUAUGGGAUUGUGAUUGACGUGCCCAUGAAAGAUCAUAUAGUUUUGCUCAUUACCCUGUGCUUAAGAGCAAUUGUAAGGGAAGCUUUAAGUAAGGUAAAGUAUAGAGAUUCAGAGAGUGGGCCUUUUGAGUGUCCCACUUUGGUUGAGGCAUUAGUGUGGUUGGGAUCUCAGCUUUCCAAACCCUAUGGUGAAUUGAAUGGAAAAUUAUUUGCCAUAAACAGUCUCAAGCAUUGCAUACUAGAUGCUGCCUUGGGCUCAUUAGUUUUCCCAUUGGAGCAAAAGGUGACAGAGUCUCCUACUUUAGAAGAAGGUUCAUUGAAUUCGGAGGUUGAUGGCAGUUGUGUUAAGGAUGAUGAAGUUACGAAAUCACUAAGCACUGAUGGUGCAUAUAGUAUGAUGAAGGGAAACAUUAUCAAUAAGGUGGUAUUUGUGUCCCAGGUUGCAGCAGCCAUUGCAGCAUUGCAUGAACGUUUCUUGCUAGAAGAAAAAAUUAAGGGAGAACGAGUUUCACAAACCCUCACUAGACAUCAACGAGUGCUUGAGCAUGAGUAUGUCUCACAAAGAGCUGAUGAGGAGCGGAAAAACCGAAGUCAGUAUAGACCUAUUAUUGACCAUGAUGGGCUGCCUCGGCAACAAUCAAGUAACCAGGAAACAAACAAGACCAAGACAAGAGAAGAGUUAUUGGCAGAAGAAAGGGACUACAAACGACGAAGAAUGUCAUAUCGUGGCAAAAAAGUGAAGCGUACAACUUUGCAGGUUACCAGGGAUAUUAUAGAGGAAUACAUGGAGGAAAUCAAGCAAGCUGGAGGGAUUGGAUGCUUUGAGCGAGCAACUGAAGGGCAAGGGAGCAUUCCAUUCAAACUACCUGCUGCUACUGACUUCACCACUGCUGAUGACAAUCCAACAAAAAGAAAUAAUGAGUCAGAGGGAGGUAGCCCAAGUCGUGACAGAAAACAAUCACAUUCACGCUAUGCUAUCCAUUCUACAACUUCCAGGCAUGCUUCAACUAAAGAUCAAGAGAAACCAAAACAGAGUCAUCACCGAGAAUAUCUAGAAGAUUCGAGAAGUCUCAGUAGAAACAGGCGUGACACAGAGUAUUCCAGAAGCCCAGAAAGCUCCCGAAGUCGUGGAUGGUCACAUGGGCAGAGUGAACAAGACCAUCGGCAGGGGACCAAUACCAAGCAUCAUGAAAGCAAUUGGUCAUCUAAGUAUCAUGAUAGUAGAUCAUCUUCUCUGUCAAACUCGCACCAAAAGUCAAAAAUUAAAAGGGAUGAGAAAACAUAUGAGAAUCAUCGUUCAAACUCUCGGAAGAUAAAUACUUUUGACGAUAGAUAUGAUUCCAAUACUUUUGACGAUAGAUAUGAUCCCUUGGAAUCUCAUGACAGAUAUGUAGAAGAUGUCUCUUCUAGCAAAAAGUAUGGUAGAGCAGGCAGAUAUUCAGUAAAUGAGCAAAGUCCGGAGUGCAGUUAGGAAUCAGAGUGCAAUCUGGGUACGAAGUCAUCAGGUUUCAGCAAUUUUAACUUCAUCUGUAUCCUCCUUUGUAUCCUUGACUGUUCUUUUGUUAGCUGUUAAGCAUUUAUAUCUAAAUUCAUUGAUCCUAGUUUCUUAAUCAUUCUUAUUCUGAAUAGACAAUAACAAAAUAUUGCUCGUAGUGGCUUGAUAGUUUCCAUGAAUAUCAUGGUUAUCAUUAAGACAUUAACCCUCUUAGUUGACUGAAGUCUUUCUUGUUUGUAUGUAGAUCAUCUUUUACCUUCUAGAGAAGGAAAAACCAAAUCAGAUCUAGUUAUUUCAGCAUUGAUGUGAUUUCGAAUCAUGAUAGUAAAAAUAUACUAGGGGAUGGGCUAGCUGUCUCCGUCUAGCAGAAGCUUCUCCAACAUGGGUGGAGUAUAACAUCUGAUCCAACGGAUUGUGGCAUAGUCCCCUAUACCCCAUUAAAUUAGCUGCUUUGGUUACACUGAGUGAAUGGCAUUCAAGAUUCUAGCAACUAAUUAUUGCCAUAUUCGGAGCAAGUCUAAAGCGACAUCUUUUUAAUCUGUUUGUCUAGGAGAAUAAUUUAAUAUACUGAUCCUUACCAAAGGCCAGCAAGUUCCUCUGCACAUAAGGAUUGACAGGUUUGCGGUUGGAUGCAAAGCAGAGCAUCAUACUAUUUUCCAUUUGGGAAGCUGUAAUUGCCCUCUUAAUUUUGUUAUCAUUUUAUUUAUUGAUUUAUAGAUGAAAUUUACUUGCUUUUCUCAGAUACCUGUAUUUGGUUGAAUUUACUGAAACCUCUUCUCCUUGCUUGUAGCUACAAGAACACAGCUUCUACUAGAUUGGUAAAGAAGGCAAUAUGAUGGUUGGUCAACUGCUCAAAGCUUCUCUGGCCUGCGUGAAGGUCAAGAUGAGAAAGCUGGAUGCAGCAGACUACUGGCCCUUGAGCUUUUAUUGUAUGUAAUAAUUCUUUGCUCAAAGAAUGCAGUUCAGUGCUGAUAACAAGUCCUUAUACUAGUCUUAACAUAGCGCCUGGCUUCUUCCCCCGUUUAAAUAUGCAAAUGGAAGAAAUUGUAUUCAAGUAUUCUUGCUUGGUAUUUAUAUGGAUGUUUUUGACAUUGCCAGUUUCGACUUGAAUUUCAUGUACC